AAAGAGAGUGAGUGAGUUUGUUGGAUGUUGAGUUGAGUCGAUAAAAAAGGAAAGAGAUGAAGCCAUGGCAAUUCAAGAUUCCAAGCCCGAAGAAUACCCUUCGCUUAGAACUCGACCAUACCAACACCGGAAUGAGCUUCGACACUAUGAGAGUUCAAUCCUCAACAACCCCUCAAAGCCCUACUUCCAGUCGAAUGCUCGAACGUGCCCUUUCUUCUCGUAGAGUUCCUCAUCACACUGGUGAUAUUGAUGAUGACGACGACGACGUUUCCAAGACUAAGAAGCACCAUUUCUCCUUCUUCACUCACCGAAUUUCCAAUUACUUUGUUCGAAUCGGACCCAUUUGGGCUUGCCUUGCUAUCGUUGCCUUAAUCCUUCUCUUGAUUUUCUCUUUGAUAUUCUUUCACUCCCGCAGAUUUGUCUGUGUUUCCUCUUACGAUCCUGUUUCCCGUUCUGGGUUCUUCGGUAUGGACGGGCUAGAUUCGGAUUUUGGCUCUCUUGGUGUGCCCUGGUGCAGAUCGAAACAUGGAAAGACAGUGGAAUGGACAGCAAAAGAUUUACUUAAAGCCUUGGAAGAGUUUGUACCAAUUUAUGAGACCCGUCCCAUAAAAAAUAACAUGUAUGGGAUGGGCUUUGAUCAUAGCUUUGGCCUUUGGUUUAUUGCUCGUUGGCUAAAGCCGGAUCUGCUAAUCGAGAGUGGCGCAUUCAAGGGACACUCAACUUGGGUGCUACGGCAAGCAAUGCCAUACACACGAAUUAUUUCACUGUCACCUCGACACCCUGAAAAAUACUUGAAGAAAGGGCCUGCUUACGUUGAUGCUAACUGUACAUACUUUGCUGGAAAGGACUUUGUAGAUUUUGGAAGUGUUGCUUGGAAAAAUGUGAUGAAAGAACAUGGAAUUAACGAUCUUAGUCGAGUCCUUGUAUUUUUUGAUGACCAUCAGAACGAACUCAAGAGAAUAAAGCAGGCUCUGAACGCUGGCUUUCAACAUCUUGUUUUUGAGGAUAACUAUGAUACUGGUACAGGAGAUCACUAUUCUUUAAGGCAGAUGUGCGAUCAGUUCUAUAUUAGAGGAGGUGGGCACAGUUGCUUCAAGGACAGUGAUGAAGCUAGAAUCAGAGGAAAAAGGAAGUUGUUCUGGGAGAAGGCAGUGGAUAUCGAAGAACUUUGUGGACCAUAUGAAUCUUGGUGGGGUGUCCAAGGCUACAUGCGUGACGAUUUUAACCAUAGUAAUAGGGCUAUUUCCCAUGCAGAGCACUUCCAAAAUAGCAGAUACCUGGAGUCAAUUCUUGAUGUUUAUUGGGAGGUCCCUCCUGUUGCUGGCCCUUCCUUAACACAUCAAACUAGAUAUGAUCCUGCUCGUGUUUCCAGCCCUAUUGUCGAAGAUGGCAGGUAUGGUUUGUUCCAGCGGCUUGGUUUAACUCGACUUGAGACUUCUGUAUUUAAUGGAUACACACAAAUGGUCUAUAUACAGAUAUCUAAACAAUAGUUGGGAGAGUCUGGCAGAGAUUAGGCAUUUUACUCUACUUGUCAAUAGUUAAGGUCAUACCUGCGUUUGUUUAUCUUGUAGUUGUUCCCUAGUUAUGAAGUGUCAUAUUUUUUUUCCUUACCAUUUAUGUUUUUCUUUUGAAGUCAAUUUAGGGACAGAUGCUCUGUUCAAACAUAUUCCUAGUGGUUUUUGUUGAUGGCAGUUUUAUAUAUUGGCCAUUCUGAAA